AUCAAAUGGUAAAAACCUUAUUCGAAAAUCGCUAUUUUUUAUAUCAAUAAAUGACACUUUUGUACAACCACCUGAGUUCAAAAUUACCUAGCAACGCCCCUAGUUACAGAAAAACUGUGAAUAAAACACAUCUAGUAUAGCUUUUUAUCCGUUUUUUUUUUGCAGUUUAGUUUGAAAUCCUUCCCAUUAUCUCUAAAGCCAUACUUUAAAACCACAUAUUUGACUGAUAGUGCUAAAAUUAGUCAUCUUUUCAAGCUUCUACACAAUCAACUCAAGCUUUCUAUAUAAUUAAAAAAAAUGGACAAGUCUAAAACUGAAUAUAAAAGUGAUAGAGUAAAAUUUUCUACAAAACGUCUUCGAAAACGUAAAUGUACAUUUUCUGGUUUAAGAAAGCAAGAAAAAUGUGUAAAUAUUGGUGUAAAUAAUGUUAAUAGUAAUAAUGAAAAUAUGGUAGACUCUGUAAAUAUUGAAAGUGAAAGUGUAUUUAAAAGUGCAUCAAAAAAAAAAGUAAAGCAAGUAAUGGUUCCAAGUGGAAACUCAAAAUGUGUCAGUGGCUACAGGUUUAUUGAUUUAGAAAUUCUUGCUUCCAUUUUUGAUAAACUUGGGUGUCCAGAAUGUUUGCGACCAUCACAGUUGUCGUUAAGCGAAAAUAAAAAGUCUUGCAAAGGAUAUGCAUCAAAUUUAUCAUUAAAUUGUGUUUGUGGUUUCAAGUUAGACUUUGGCACAUCAAAAAAUGUAGCAGGGUUUGAUAUUAACAAAAGAUUAGUGUAUGCCAUGAGAACACUGGGUCAAGGCCAAGCUGGUCUACAUCGGUUUGCCACUCUUAUGAAUAUCCCAAAAGGAUUAUGCAAUAAAAGCUAUAAUGUUAUUGUUCAAAAAUUGGCAACUGCAGCACAAACUGUUGCUGUUGAAACUAUGAAUGAAGCUGUACAAGAACUCAGAGAAGGCAAAUCUUUUAAUGAGAUCUUAGAUAUUGGAGUUUCUGUUGAUGGAACAUGGCAAAAAAGAGAAUUUAAUUCACACAAUGGGGUGACGGCAGCAUUAUCAAUUAAAAAUGUGAAGGUUUUAGAUGUUGAAGCAUUAUCUAGAAAGUGUAAAAUAUGUGACAAAAAUCAAGAUGUUGGUAAUUCAAAGCAGCAGCUAACAGCAAAAAAAUCACAUAUUUGCAAUAAAAACUAUGAAGGAUCAGCCGUUGGAAUGGAAACAGUUGGGGCAAUAAAGAUAUUUAAUCGCUCUUUGCAAAAAUUUAAUUUACGAUACACAGAAUACUUGGGUGAUGGUGAUAGCAAAAGCUACACUUCUGUCAAAAACACAUACAAGGGUAUUGAAGUAAUUAAACUAGAUUGUAUUGGACAUUUUCAAAAGCGCAUUGGAUCUCGUUGUAGACAAUUAAAAAAGCAAGUCAAGGGUUUAAAUGGUAAAGGCGGUUUAACAAACGCUACAAUUGAUUGGGUGCAAAAUUAUUUUGGUAUUUGCAUUAGGCAAAAUUGUGGCAACCUUGAAGGUAUGAGAUCUUCAGCUUUGGCUAGCUUAUUUCAUGUAGCAUCUUCAAGCAAAAGUAAUUGGCAUUACCCGCAUUGUCCCACAGGAAAAGAUAGUUGGUGUAAAUACAAUCGAGAUAAAGCUAAUGGAACCAAAGAGUAUAAACCCGGACCAGGUCUUCCUAUUGAAAUAGUACACAAGUUAAAGCCCGUUUAUGUAGAACUAACAUCAGAUGCUUAUUUAAAUCGUUUGCUUCAUGGAAGAACACAGAAUCAAAAUGAAAGUUUUAAUGCAAUGUUAUGGUCUAGAAUACCUAAGUCAAAGUAUGUUUUGCUUACGCAACUGAAACUUUUGGACUCUAUGAUGCUAUUGGUGCCUUUAAUAUAGGAUUAAAGUCUAGUAUACUUAUAUUUGAAAGACUUAAUAUGAUACCAGGGCAACAUACCAUUUCUGGAUGCAAUUACCUGAACCAGAAAAGAGUUAUGAUGUCAGAGUAUAAAAAUCAAGACACCAUCAAAAAAAAAAGGAAGAUUUUAAGAAGCCGCAAACUUAAAAAAUUUGACAAAGUUGAACAGAAAGAAGGGAAAUUGUAUGGGGCUGGUGUUCAUGAUUAAAAAAUACAAUCAGUAUGCUCUUUUUAUAUUAUAUUUUUUGUAUCUUUGUUAUUAUAUAAUAUUUUUCAUCACAAUUUCAACUUAUUUGGCAUUUUUCUCAGAACGCGUGUUUUUAAUCUCCCGGCAGAAGUAUCUUGAGAACCGCUUGACUGAUUUUAAUGAAAUUUUCAGGGAGUAUUCCUCUCAUAAAGAUGUAUGCAAUGAGCAGACAACUUUUUCAAAAAGUUUUUUAAACUAAAGAAAUUAAAAAAAAUAUCUAUCAUUUUUGUGCUUAAAAUUUUUGCCAAAAUUAAACAGGCCUACUACCUGACAGAAAAGUUAUUUUCAAAAACUGUCUGCUUAUUGCAUAGAUCUAUCUUUUAACUAUAAGUUAGAAAAAAAUCAGCUCAAAGUAUCAUUCUAAUUGACUGCAAUCUUUGCCAGGGUGAAGAGACUAAUUUGACAUUUUCCCUUAGUAACCGUGCCAUUUUUUAUGAUAGAUCUUCUUAACAUUUAGUAUACUUUUAUUUGGAACAUGUAAUAACUUUAUUAAUGCUUUACUUUAGAAAAUAAGUUUUUGAGGGGUUUUCCCCCUUAAUAAACAGGCCAACUAGAGUGACAAAAAACUCGGCGUUUUUGAUUGAUAAUAUUAUUAGAACAGAUAUAUUCAACAAUGAUAUUCAAACAGGUAUCCUAAAAUCUGAUACAACUGACCAUUUUCCAAUAUUUUUGACAAUUAAUUCUAAAAUUAAAAAUAAAAAAAAAACAAUAAAAAAAAUAAUCCUUGGAUAACA